AUGGCUCCCUCACCUUACUCUUCUCAACGCCUCUAUUACGACGGAAAAGUCCAACAAUCCAGCUCGGGUAAAUUGUUCCAGACCAUUGACCCUUCCAACGCCUCUGUCCUAGCAGAUAUCGAAUCUUCAUCAAACAGAGAUGUUGAUUUGGCAAUUGACUCGGCCCGAAGAGCUUUCCCCGCUUGGUCCCAGACUCCCCCCGCUGUGCGAACCAGAGUCCUCCUAAGAGCUGCGGGAAUCCUUCGAUCCAGAAACGAUGAAAUUGCAAAGGUCGAGACACAAGAUACGGGCAAACCGUAUUCAGAAACAAACACAGUAGAUGUUGUUACAGGUGCCGAUGUGCUAGAAUACUUUGCAAGCCUUGUUGGCGGGGGCGGAUUAAAUGGUGAAACAACGCAGCUGAGAGAGGACGCUUGGGUAUAUACGAAAAAGGAACCACUGGGGGUCUGUGCUGGAAUCGGUGCAUGGAAUUAUCCUAUUCAAAUCGCACUUUGGAAAUCAGGUCCCUGCCUCGCCGCUGGAAACACCAUGGUUUACAAACCCAGCGAAUUCACUCCCCUUCAUGGCUUAAUUCUCGCCCAAAUAUAUACAGAAGCUGGUCUUCCCCCGGGCGUCUUCAACGUCGUCUACGGUGCAGGCGAUGUUGGUGCAUACCUCACCUCUCACCCGUCCAUCGCCAAAGUCUCAUUUACCGGCCAGGUGUCGACGGGGAAGAAAGUUGCCGGCUCCGCCGCCGGAAACAUGAAAUAUGUUACAAUGGAACUGGGCGGCAAAAGUCCACUCAUCAUUCUUCAAGACGCAGACAUUGAGAACGCCGUUGACGGUGCCAUGAUGGCCAACUUCUUCAGCACAGGCCAAGUAUGCACCAACGGCACCCGUGUCUUUGUCCCGAAGAGCCUAAAAUCUGCGUUUGAAACCCGCCUAGUAGAAAAGAUGCAAUAUGUCCGGGCUGGCUGCCUCAUGGAUCCAAACACGAACUUCGGCCCUCUCGUAUCGCUCCCACACUACGAGAAGGUCAUCAACUAUAUCCGCCACGGCAUCGAGAAGGAUAAAGCCACGCUCCUCUACGGUGGUCUGCAGGCUCCCAGCGUCCCCGAAAACCUGCGAAAGGGCUACUGGGUCACACCUACGAUCUUCACGAACUGCGAGGAUAACAUGAAGAUCGUGCAGGAGGAGAUUUUUGGCCCUGUCAUGUCGAUCCUCACAUAUGAUACAGUCGAGGAGGCCGUGAGGAGAGCAAAUGAUACACCACUGGGCCUGGCGGCGGGUGUUUUUACCCAGAAUCUUAAUAUGGCGCACAAAGUUAUUGCGCAACUGGAGGCGGGAAUCACGUGGAUUAAUUCAUGGGGGGAAAGUCCGGCAGAGAUGAGUGUGGGUGGUUGGAAACAGAGUGGUGUUGGGGUUGAGAAUGGGAGGAGAGGUCUUGAGGCGUGGGUGCGGAAUAAAAGUACCCUGGUUGAUAUGAGUGGCGGAGUUGCCACUGCAUUUACAAAGCUUUGA